CAUGGUCGAGAAAAAGUGUUUCUCUCAAGUACCACUGGACAUUUCCUUCUACAUUUCCUCUCCUACUGAGAACUUCUUCCAUCCUGACAAGAGCUAAGGCCUCACAGAGACCGACCAAAGCCACACACCAGACCUCCAGCAUGGAACAUAUUUUGCAAAACCCUGACUCCAGUAAAAGGAGAAUCUCUGCACGCCAGGCCGAAGGUGUGAGGAAGCCUGCAGCCCAGUGUCCAUGCUGCAAGGACAGCCAGGUGCCACAUUCAAAGCGAAAGCGCUCGCACUCUGCUGCACGUGGCGACCGUCCCCAGAAGCGGAAGCGGACCUCCGUGGCCCGCCCCCCCAAACCCUCUGCUGAGAAUCCAGCGUCGGAGGUGUCGAACUGGGGUCCUUCUCCCCAGCCUUCCACCCCAGCUGUUGACAUCGCAGGGUUAUUGGGUUUGGUCCCAAAGCUUGAGGCCACCAUCUCGCCAGCUGACCUGCCGGUGGCGUCAACCGUGGCCCCCAGCCUCCAGCCCUCUGCUGCUCCGCCGCACCACGACGAGCCUCUAAAGAUACACAACCGCUCUGUGGAAGAGUACCAGCAGAUCUACCAUGAGGUUGUAGAUGACAUGCUGAGGUACAAGAGCGGCCAGCUGCGUCCGUACAGUUUAGAUCUGGGACGUCGCAUCAAGCAGAAGCUGUGGGAGAGACUGGACCGUCCCACGUUCAGUGAGACGGUGGCUGAAGACGGCCGGGUGCAUGUGGACGUCUCCUACGGGGUCGGAGUCUAUCCUCCUCUUUAUGAGGUGGACAUUUCGGGAGAACCCGAGCCCGAGACACCCCCAAGGAAAAGAGCUAAGAAAAACCUGCACUGCUGCCUCCACCUAGCUAUCCGGCCAGAUGACUCCACCCCGGGCCUCCACCUACAGCCUCUUCCAGCAACCUGGACCUCCGCCUCCUAUCUUAGUUCCGUGUACACACCGAAGUGGAAGAGCAGGGACCAAAGACACACUGGGAGAAAUAUUGGACUUCUCCGCCCAUCGCUCACCUUCUCCGCUGCCGAAACUGUGACCCACGCCUUCAUCACUUCCAGAAUCGACUGCCGCAACAGCAUCCUCUGUGCUUCACCUGCAAAAGGCUCAAAUGAACUCCGAUACAUCCACAACUCUGCUGCUUGUCUCCUCACCCACACCCGUUCCAGAACCUCCACUGGCUCCCUGUUCCCCAACGCAUCCAGUUGAAAGUCCUCCUCCUCACCCACAAAGCCCUCCAUCACCAGGCUCCUUCCUACCUCACAGACCUGCUCCACCACCACUUCAGGACCAAGCACCGUACCUGGGGUGACCCAGCGUUCACCAUUGCAGCCCCCUCCCUCUGGAACUCCCUACCCAUACACAUAGUAUAGUGUCUCUGAGUACCAUUUAGAGCGCUAUACAAAUAAAAUGUAUUAUUGUUAAUAUUA